GUGAGUGAAGUGUGGAAUGGAAAUAAACUUUUAUGCCUUUGAACAAAAAUGGCAAUAAUAUAGCUUUCUUUGUUGUAAGAUUGCAUGUAUAAGGCAAAAACAAAUUCAACAGACCAGCCCAAUAUCAGUUUUUGAGCAGGCCGAUUGCCUGGCCCAAGAAAAACCAGUUUAGCGACCGCAGUGCCGAUCUAUCUCCUCAGAAAGCAACCAAAAACGGCAGCCGUUUCGAACGCAGGAAGCUUGGUCAGCAAAAACCCUAUAAACCUCUCUGCAAAAAACGCAAAACCAGGAGCAGGGAAAUUAGAGAAAAGAGAGAUAAUAAUGGCCGUGUAUCUGAGACGAGCAAUGGCUUCUAAAAACUCAAUGACAACGCUACUUCGGAGCUAUUAUAGUAGUAGUAACAAUAUGAUACAAGGUCGCAAUGUAUUCUGCAACUGUAAGGCCCAAUCAAACUUUAUACCUCGCUGUAAUUUCCUCAUUGACUCUCGUCGAGGCUUUGCCAAAGGCAAGAAAUCAAAGGAUGAUUCUGGUGGGGGUACUGUUCAAGUCACUCCUGAUAUUGGACCUGCUGUUAAGGAAAGUGCCGCUUUGCAGAUGGAGGCAGCAAUAGUCUCAUUGUCUCGUGAAUUAACCAAAUUACGAACUGGACGGGCAUCUGCAGGAAUGCUUGACCACAUCAUUGUUGAAACUGAUGGUGUGAAAAUGCCAUUGAACCGGUUAGCUGUUGUUGCUGUCAUGGAUCCUAAAACCUUAUCUGUGAAUCCUUAUGAUCCCAAUAUGGUUAGUGCACUAGAGAAGGCCAUUGUUUCAUCUCCAUUGGGUUUAAAUCCCAGAGUGGAUGGUGAACGAUUGAUUGCUUCUAUACCACCAUUAACCAAAGAGCAUAUGCAGGCUAUGUGUAAGGUGGUUGGAAAGUCUUGUGAAGAGGUUAAACAGAGCGUAAGAAGGGCUCGCCAGAAGGCACUGGAUACAAUAAAAAAAGCAGGUUCAAAUCUUUCAAAGGAUGAUGUAAAGAGAUUGGAAAAAGAGGUUGAUGAAUUGACAAAGAAGUUUGUGAAGUCAGCAGAAGAUAUCUGUAAAGCAAAGGAAAAAGAAAUUACUGUUGGCUGACUACCUGGUAUUGUGAUUUUAUAACACAGAGUUGGCAAUUAUUGAUUUAGAAUCCACUUCAAUUUUAUUUAUCAAAAUUCAAUGGUAAUAUUUACUAGUGGAAUAUUCUCUAGAAGUUAUGACCUAUUUGAGGCUAAAUGCAUUUGUGUGUAUUCAGAGAUGUUAUCUCCAGCGUCAUGAUGGCCCUGAAACAUUUUGUAAUGAAUUCAUCUUUGUAGGUGCUUGUUUUUAUUUGUUCCUAGGGAACGCCUGAGAAUAAGACUCACUUUGUACUAUUUUCUAGUAAUGGAUUCCACCCAAAUACAUAAUUUCAGAGGUGAAAUUUCAGUAUUGUUAUUA